AAUUUCAUAAUUAAACGGCACUUAUUACUAUUUGUAAAGUUAUUGUAGUAAUAUUGCGUUGUUUUGCGUGUGCGUUUCAAGUACAGUAAUAACGGAAUGGCCGAGGAAAAAGAAAAAGCCAAUGAAAUACAAGAAGAAGUUGUUAAAAAUGCUAAAGAUGAAUAUUCUGCAGUUUUUCAGCAAAUGGUAGCAAAGUUGAGUGCCGAGCAUUUUGAACUAUUUGCUAAAGUCUUUAAGGAAAAAGAGAAUUCAAUAUUGAAGUUUCCAGAGGAUUGGUUGAAACAGAAACUAUUGAAAGGAAUUCAACAUACGCAGGAUAAGCUUUGGUCAGUAGAAAAUGUUGGGACAAAUUUAGCUUAUCUUCAAAUAUUGAAGGAAAAAUAUAAAGAACAUGCACAUAAAAAUUGGAAAUAUGAAAAUAAGAGUCCAGAGGCUCGUACGAUACCCACUUUUAUGUUUUACAAGGAAAAGAAAAUACGAUUUAUGCAGAAACAAGUCGAAAGUCAGGAGGCAAAAUUGGCGGAUUUGCGCACAAAAGUUAUGAGCAAACGUGCACAUUUAAAAGAGAUUGAGCAAGCACGCGUGUUGCUUAAAGAAAGCAUGAUCCGUCAUACUAAAAUAUUUGAAGACAUCAAGGCUGACUUAAAACAAGUGUUGCAGGAUGCAAAACUUUUGGAAUACUCUUCUUAAUCUUCCAGUGCUCAGCAUUUCAUUUGUUUUUUUUUUUUAAUAAUAUGUACUUUUAUUUAUUUAUUAAUAAUAGAGGUAUAUUCUAUUUAAUAUUUAUAUUCUUCUAUGUGAAAUAUUUUUGCAUGAAGUGAAUAACGUGCUGUGAGUUGUUUAAAUAUAUCUAUAAUAUGUAGUAUAGCUAUUUGUAAUUAAUAUAAUUUCAAAGUUAUUGAAAUUUUCUUAAAAUAAUUUAUUGUAAGCGUCUCAAAUUAAUUUUUGUUUUUUAUUAUUUUGUUUAAAUAUUAUGGUACUUUUCACUAACAUGUCAACGUUGUAAUUACUUCCUCGUUAUUGUCCCGUACUCGUUUUAGAUUAGUUAUGUUUUUUGGACCACCUACAAAAGUGAAUUAAGAAUAUCUAAUUUAAUAUAAAAUUUCAAAAUUUUGUUGUGUUUUAAUUUAUUUUUUAGUUUAAACUUAUGUCGAUGUUUUUUAUAAUUAAAAAUAAAAUUUAUCAAAGUAGUUUUUCAAACAUGUAUAUUCAAAUUAAUAAUAUCUAAAAAUAAAUGCAUUCUUCAAU